AUUGUCCAUGAACGAAACAAAAAAAAAAUUCUAGAUAGGACGGAGUUAUUAUUAGGAAUAAUAAUACUUUUGAUCAAAAUUUGAUUUAACAAAAUGUUCAGUUGGAAAAACGAAGCAGUUGAGAGAGAUAGGCAAAAAAAUAUUUCAAAUAUUUUAGUAUUGGUGAUUGGCCUUUGCUUACCAAUGAUUAAUCUUUUACAAUUAAUGAGAGGUAAUGAUAUCAUGAAAUGAUCUUUCUGUUUUCCCUUCUAGUGCCCCCGCAGAAUAAACAAUUUUUCGGUAUACAAAAUAUCCUAGACGACGCAUUUUCAGGCAAGACAAGAUUACAUUAAACUCAUGUAUCAAAAAAAUCAGAUACACUUGCCUUAGUUAAACAAAGAACAAUCUUAUAUUUAUCACCUAUAUAUAAAAGUAAUUCUAUAGAUUUUCUUUCGUUAGACACCACCAAUCAAACAAGCAAGGAUGAUGCUACAUGGUUUUCCUCCAAUGGAUUUCUCUAUGGAUGUGGUUAGCGAAAACAUGAGUACACAAUUCUUCUCUUUUUAAUCCAAUUAAUUUUUGAUAAAAUACUUUUCUUUAAUUGCAGAGCUUGGAGAUGCAAGUGAAUAAUAACUGUGACCUUUGCGACCAAAAAGUAACGGAAAUUAUGCAGUCUAUCAUUGCUGUUUACUCUGUGACUUAUGGCAAUAUAAUGAAGCUGGAGGCUAGAGCUAACCCUAAUUUGUUUAUGGCGGUUGUUUAUAAGUAUCGCGAUCACGGCAAGAUCAUAAGGCUCCACUUUGAAGGCGCACCUAUCGCUCCUCAACCUGGAGAAGGAAGAGGAGGAGGAGCCUAUUACAACGCCCCUCAAGUUAAUUAUCCAUACCAUUCUCCUUAUGCUCCUCCACAGCAGCAGCUUCUCGCUGGAAACUUUGGUUAUCCGAUGUUGAAACCGCCUCCGCCACAGCAGAAGGAGACUCCAGAGGGGGUGUAUAAGCAGCAUACUGUGCCUCCUCCUUUUGCUAUGCAGCCGCCACCGCCAAUGCCGUUGUCUAGUUACUCUUACAUUGAACCUCCCUAUUGGCCGGUGGCUACGCCGAGUGGUGGUAAGUGUGUGAUUAUGUGAUGUGUGACGAAGAAUGGAGGCGUCUUGUUUUUGUCUCACAAGCUGCGUUUUGGUUUGUAUUCGUGAUCGCUGUUUUUUUUUAAAUGCGAUUGCGUUUAUAGACAAGUGGACUCUGAUUGUGUUUUCUUUUGUCUGAACAACAGUUAUAAAAGACAAAUCGUUGACUAGUGCCUAAUCUGUUUGAAACCAGAAUAAAGUUUGCAUUUUAAGAGACAUGUUUUAUGAUUGUAUUUCAUUUUUUAGAAGAAUAGUGUCAGAUAAAUGAUUGAUAACGAUCAUUAUGUACGUGCUUGUUGCUUCAUUGCUGACGACAUAAUUUUUCUAAUGCGUUUCAGACAAGUACCACGCAUAGAGAAUGCUCGAUUUGCUAGUUUAUUACUAGUGUCAUGGUUUAAAUCAAGAGAUCAGAAGUGCCUUCAUUUUUAGUUUAACUUUGGGAUUGGCUUACACGAAAAAAAAAACUUGAAAUCGGCGAUAAGACCUAGCCAAAAAGUUGUUUCUUUUUGCAUCAAAUUAACUCUAAUAUAUCUUUGGACACUAAUUAAAAUCAGAUCAAAUAUUGGUGAUGAGUAUGAAGAGUGUUGGGUUCAUCAUCAUUCCAAUACACAAUACGUCAAAAUACCCAUAGGAGUCCAAGGAACCAUUUACUGAUUAUUUCUUACUUCAAACAUGACCUCACUCUCUCAUCAUUUGCUUCUGGUGGUUAUCCCACUUCACCUUUCCACCAAAACUAUAUAUUUUGAAAUUUGAGCUAAAAGAGAAAAAACAAUUUUUAAUUGUUUUAGCUAUGCACCAUAAGCUUCCUUUUUAUGUACAUGAAAAUUAUUGCAUCUAUUUGCCUUUUUUUUUCCUCCAUCGUUCUAUAUAAACUCAAACAAUACCAUCUGAAUGUUCCCUACCCAAAAUAAUGAUUUGCUUGAGACUUUUACGAGUCUUGUGACUUCUUUGCGAAUCUUGUUUGAGCAAUAUUAUAGACGACAUUUUGUACAUGUAUACAUGUGUUUCGUUUUUUCUAAAGGAUAUAUGUGUUUAGUUUGAUCAUCUUUUUCUUUCAAUUUAUAUAAAUCAAUUCAUCAGCGUAAAAGAGGGGUAUUAUAAAAUACCUUACAAUUUAAAUAUAUAUAAAAAGAAGUAGCAAAAACAAACAAAAACCUUUUUUUCUUUCAAUAGGAAUGGACCCACUUUGAUUCUUAGGCCAUCUGCAUGGGGCGUGUCUUGUCCCGUCCCUUCUUCUUUAUUGGGUCGAAAAUAAUUCAGAAUGAAAUUAAAAUGGGUGGAACGUGCUGUAAGUAAGGGACAAUCGGGCUCGUCCCGAAGGAGAUGUGGCAUCACGUUAUUGGGCGAUGGAAACGAAGAAGGGACGGUGGUUUCGGCUCAUUCGCAUUCGGAAAAUUGAAAUCGAAAAUCGAAAAAGAAGAGCUCGAUGGCGACGAACUGAAGCAUCGAAUCGAAGAUCGAUCCUUUCCAAAUGAAAGCUACGACCUGAUCUCCUCGUUCCACCUGCGUUUAUAUUUGUAUUGGAAUAAAUGUUUGUUUGUUUUUUUAAAUUAUGAUUUGUAUUUUUUUAAAAUUUUUUUGUAAUUUUCUUAAUAUUUCAAUUUUAAUGUUAAACUUCUAUCAUAUAAGUUUUAUUUAAAACUUCUUUACAUAUGUUAUCAUUUAUUCAAAUAAAAAAAUUAAUUAAAUAAUAAACUAAGGGACAAUCAAAGUCCCACUAAUAAUCCACUUAAUCCCUUAUCUUAGGUCCCUUAAGAUAAAAGUUUAAUUAAAAAUGCUAAGGGACUUGAAACACAAUCCCACCAUUGUGGUUGCCCUUAGAGUGUGAUUGUUUAACUUGAUUCUUUUGUUU